CUGUGCUGUGCUGCCUCUCGCUGCUAACUAAAGUGUUGAACUAACUAACUAACCGACUGCUGCUGUUUCCGUCGCCUCUCCAUCGCAUGCGCUGACCGGGAGAAUAUUCUCUAUCCUUGCGCUUCUCCGUCUCUCACCCCCUCUCUCUUCCUUUACUCCCUUUACUUCCCUCCUCUUCUUCUCUCUACUUCGAUUACACAGGAAGGAUUUAGUAUCCUUCCCCAACUUCAGCGCCUUCGCCAUGGACGUGCCCGAACCCGAGCAGACUCCAUUCACUGCCGUCACGGCACAGACUUCCAAACUCGCACGGCAAUAUCAAACCUACCUCGAUGCCUCGACACCUUUCACAGCCUACCGCUGGACUGGCACCGUCGUUCUGCUCCUGAUCUUCUUUUUGCGAAUUGUCCUCGCUCAGGGAUGGUACAUCGUCGCCUACACCCUCGGAAUCUACCUCCUGAACCUCUUCCUUCUCUUCCUGCAACCCAAGUUCGACCCCUCCCUGACCCAAGACGAAGGCCUGGAGGACGGUGAUGCCGGCGCGCCCAGCCUCCCCACCAAGCAGGACGACGAGUUCCGGCCCUUCAUCCGCCGGCUCCCCGAGUUCAAGUUCUGGCACUCGGCGACCCGCGCCAUCGCCAUCGGGUUUGUCUGCUCGUGGUUCUCGGUCUUCGAUAUCCCGGUCUUCUGGCCUGUCCUGGUCGUGUACUGGAUCAUGUUGUUCAUCUUGACGAUGCGCCGCCAAAUCCAACACAUGAUCAAGUACCGUUACGUGCCCUUCUCUUUCGGAAAGACCCGAUACGGCCGCUCGUGAUUUUUUUCUUGUCAAUCCACUUCAAGAAAGUCAAGUCCAGAAAACCCAGCCAGCGCCAGUCAAUCGCACAGAUGUCCUAGCGAUCUAGCGGGGAAAAUCUGUGCUGCAGAAGUCUGGUGUCUGUGUAUGAUAUGAUCCAAGUCGAUGAAUACAUCAUUAUCAUCACGCUUCAUGUCCUUUUCUUUUUUUUUUUUUUGCCCC